UUCCUCCUCGCCGCACUCUCUUUCUCUUCCUUAUCCAUUCUUCCUGCCUCACCCGCACCACUCCUCCUCAGCCCCGAUAGCUAGGCACCGCCGCUCGCCGGAGCUCCCCUCAAGCUCCCAAGCCAUGGCCGCUGGCCCUCUGCAUCGCCGCUGGAUUUCCGGCGCCUCCCCAACCCUCCACCGCGAAUAGAUCUGCAUCCCGUGCGCCAUCGCCAGCCCAAGCGGCGGCGCCCUGCCGCGAGGACCAGAGGGCGACUCCGCACCCACCUGAGCAAAGCUGCUGCUGGCCGGCGGUGAGGCUGACCCGCACAUAUCCCGUGCGCCAUCGCUGGCCCAUGUCUGGGGAGGCGAGCUUCGCGUCGGCCCAAGCAGCGGCCCCCAGCAUGAGGCCCGGCGGGCGAGGAUGCGCCGACCUGAGCAAAGCUGUUGCUGGCCAGCGGUGAGGCUGAUCCAUUCUGGCCUCGUCGACCUCGCAUCCGCCUUCCGCCGCGUCGCCCAGUGCCAGGCGGGCUCCCGGCGCAUCUUCCUUUGUCUCACUGUCGCCUCCCUACUUGGCAGGCCCGCCCGCGACCCCUCCCCCUUCCCUUUGUUCUAUCUCUGGAUCCCCUUCUUUUUGCUGUGUUUUUGUUGUUUGAUUCUGUCUUCAGAUAGCACAUGGCAAUUUAUUCACAUAACAUGGCUACUUCAUAUUUUAGGGACAAAAUUUAGAGUGCUGAACAUAUUAAGUUACCAUGGCAAAAUUGAUGUUAUAAUUGUAUGCAUGGUCAUGUAAGUUGCCAUGGCAAAAUACUUUCUGGUACAUACAUCGUAAUAAAAGUUGCCAUCAUUUUUUCAUACAGUAAAUGAUGUAUAUGGCAAUUAAGCAUUAUUUUGUGGGGAGUUCAUGGAAUUCAUUCGUAACUCGCCAUCCACGGGUUCGGCAGCGAUGGUCUCCUCCCUCCCUGCAUCCGCCAGAGAGGCCACGACAGCUCGCCGACGGCGGGCCUCGAGGUGGCCGAGCGAAAAGCGGCGGUGCUCCGGGUCUUGGGAACUCCUCACCACCACGGCCAUGGUAGCGGCAACAACAGCCAAGACCACGGUCACGCCAAGCAGUAGCAGCCGUUCAGAUAAUUCAUGGGAAAUUAUGUGAUGCGAUGCAAAUUGAACCAAAACUCGUAUGUGUAAAUUGUUACAGUAAUCUGUGUACCUUACACUACUUUUCUCAUGUUUUGCACUGAUAUGUGGGUUGCUCAAAUUUUGAAGCAGCUUGGACGUUACCAUCAGUUUCUAGUUCACUUUGGCAUGUCUCAAAUCCUGCGAUAUUUUUGCUAGCUGAUUUUCUGACUCAAGUUGUGAUAAAUUAGUAAGUUUGCUAUGUACUGAAGUUAGUUUAGUUUCAUGUGUACCCGAGGUUCUGCUUGAAAUAGUUACCAUUGUAAUAGACAUAUAUUUGCCAUCGUAUUUAGCACGAUAUUGCGAGAAUAGACACAGUUGCCACAACUCUGAUGUAUAUUUUUUGCCUCCAAAGUUGCCAUGUCUCACUAUACAAUUUUUUCUUAAAUUUACCGUCUCACUGUACAAUUUUUCUUAAUUUUUCCUGGAAGAUGGCAAAUAUAGUUAUGGAAUCAUGGCAAAUUUAGUUCUCGGAUUAUGGAAAAUUCAUUGCUUUCUUGCGGUGGCAACUUUUGAUUUUGGAUCAUGGCGCGGUAUUACUGUUUUCAAACAUGGCAUCUAAUCGUACACUUUCUGCCAUGUAAACAUCAAAAUUUUAGUUAAUUCAUCAUGGCAAAUUUAGUUUACUCAUCAUGGCAAAUUUGCUUCCUGGAAGAUGGCAAAUAUAGUUAUCAAAGCAUGGCAAAUUCAUUGCUUUCUUGCCAUGGCAAUUUUUUGAUUUUUAAAAUUGUCACCAUACUUCUUGAAAUUUUCAAAAACAACAUAAAAUGGAAAAUAUUGCGAUGGCAUGUUUUACUAAUUAUUUCACCUUUAUUAACAUGGCAAAUUUACCUAAAUUUUCAUGACAAUUUUUUAACAUUUAUUGCCAUGGCAAGUUUUAUUAUUUAUUUGCCAUGCCAAAUUUACCUUUUUAUUAAGAUGGUAAAUUUACCUAACUACCCACGACAAUAUUUAACUUUUAUUGCCAUGGAAAUUUUUACUAUUUAUUUGACUUUUUAUUAACAUGGAAAAUUUACCUAAAUCCCCAUGGCAAUAUUGAACUUUUAUUGCCAUGUCAAGUUUUACUUUUUUUUGCCAUGUCUAAUAUACUUUCAUUAACACGGCAUAUUUACCUAAAUCUACAUGGCAAUAUUUAACUUUUAUUGCCAUGGCAAGUUUUACUUUUUUAUUUGCCGAUGUUAAAUUGACCCUUAUUAACAUGGCAAUUUUACCUAAAUCCCCAUGACAAUAUUUAACCUUUAUUGGCAUGGAAAGUUUACUUUUUAUUUUGCCAUGGCUAAUUUACCUUUAUUAACAUGGCAAAUUUAUCUAAAUUCCCAUGGCAAUUUUUAACUUUUAUUGCCAUGGCAAGAUUUACUAUUUUAUUUGACCUAUAUUAACAUGGUGAAUUUAUCUAUAUUAACACGGUGCAUUUUUUGUUUUUUGCUUCACAUGAUGGCGAAUUUAUAUAGUAAAAGCAUAUAGAUUUUAGUCCAUAUUUCUUGUCAUCAUGGUACGGAUGCAAACUGCCAUGAACUUUUUCUUUCUGUUUUGUGCCAUUUCACAAAAAAAGAUCUUUUUUUACCUUGGCAAAAUUUGUUUAUAUUGAUGAUGGCAAUUUUUGGUUUGACACCAUUGGCAUUUUUUUAGUAGUAUCUUGUUUCUUCAAAAAAAUUAUCUAUCACGACAUUUCGUUUUGGACUUUUUCGGUAAUGGCAAGUUCAUAUGUGUCCCCACUGCACAUUUUUGCCAUGUUUUUGAUUGGUAAACAACAAUAAUUGCCAUGGAAAAUUCAUACAUUUUGACAUCUUUGCAAGGAAGAUCUUUCUGGUUCAUUCAUCUUAUAGUGGUAGAGAUCUCAUGGUUCAUUCAUGCAUUUUUAUUUUUGGAGCAUUUGUGAUUAUUUUCAAGUGCAUGGCAAAAUCUGGCCUUUUUUUGAGUGGAGCAACAUCUGGCCUUUAUUAGUUAUACGUCCAAUAGUGGGCUUUUUUAUUCACAGUAAAAAUUGGUGCAAACUGGGCUUUUGUUUCUUUUUCUUGUUUCACAACAAAAAGGCCUGUAGGCUGCUGAGGUAGGGUGUUCGGGCUGGAUGAUUCUCGUCCCGAACGCAUGCGUUCGAUCGAUUCCUCCACGUUCGGUCUUGGCUCCCCCAGACCGAACGUUCGACAGUUAUCGGGGUCCUAAUAAAAAGGCAGCGUAGCCUUCCUCAAAAAAAAAAAAAAAAACAGCGUAGCCCAAGAGGCUUGCAAACAGCUAAUGAGGCGACCACCUACACGUUACUAGUGCUACAAACAAGACGCUGUCUGAGUGAGGCGACCACCGGCGAAGUAUGGCGUGGUCCAUCGCAGCGAACACAGGCGGCAGCUCACAGCAGACGGACGGAGAGGGGGCACCGCGCCCGUCAGAGGACGCCGCGGCGGCGUGGGGGUCCGGGCGCGCCAGGCCAACUUCCGAUGCCUGGGGCACAGGCACCAGGUCGCCGGUGGACGACGCGGUCGUCGAAACCUGGGGAACCAGGCCGUCGACGGAUGCCCGGUUCACGGACAGCUGGGCCAGCUUGGUGACAACAGAGCCGCGGGUCACCGGCGGCACUUGGGGCCCCUGGUCAUCAGCGGCACAGGGCGCUGGGUCCUGGCGCAGCUGGCCAUCGGAGGCGGCGCGGGAGAACUGGAGCGGCUGGGCGCCGGAAAGGCGUCCCUCCACGGUUCCGUGGCCGUCGGAGCACGCGGUGAUCACGAACGUGACUGUGGAGGAUGCCCGUGCCCUCCACUGCGGCGUCUGCGGCCUCCCACUCAAGCCGCCAAUCUUCGAGGUACAACAUACACAUACGCACACGUCCAUCCUUCCCUCAGCCAUAGACAACACGUUUCUUACAUGGAGAUGCUUUCAGUGUGACCUGGGGCAGGCGGUGUGCUCGGCGUGCCGCGGCCCUGGCUACCGCCGGUGCCGCGCCAUGGAGAACCUGGUGGCGACCGUCCGCGUGCCGUGCCCCAACGCCGCUCACGGCUGCGACGCCACGCCGGCCUACUACGACAUGCAUGCACACGGACUGGCGUGCGCGCACGCGCCGGGCACGCGCUGCCCCGCGGACGCCUGCGAAUUCGUCGGCUCAAUGGCAGCGCUCCUGGACCACUUCACCGCCGUGCACGGAUGGACGCUCACAACCGAGGACGGCGUCGGGAAGAGCUUCGACGUCGACCUCCAGGACGGCUUCAACGUCGUCACCACGGCCGUCCGUGACGGCGGCAACCAGCUCUUGCUCCUGCUAAACGUUGUGAGCCACCCGUUUGGUCGCACCAUCGCUGCGGUCUGCAUUAGUCCUUACCCCGCUGCCGUCGAGUCAUGGUCGUCGGCUGCUGCAUCCAAGACGGUGCAACUCGAGCUCCGCUACUCGGCAGCUAGCCAUUACCAAGAAUCUGAAUUCAAUGUUCCUUUCGCCGAUAUCGCCGAUGGAUUCCCAGACGUCAGCGAGUUGGCCCAGUUCGUCGUGCCCAAGUCUGUUCAUUCAGACGACCAUGCUACUACGCUGGUCUCGGCCUAUAUUACCAUCAAAUAGCUUGGUCAUCACCACCUUAUCCUACUAUCUAAUUUAUCCUGAAGGCUUGAUGCGUCUCGAUUAGUACUACUACUAGUCCAUAAGAUCAUUUCCCAUUGAGCUAGAACUGUUGUCACUUAAUUAUGAUGCAAACCAAGAGAGCAACUUUUGAAUUUCUGAACUUAUUAUCACCUGGAUUUAAUUCAGACCCAUGCUGAUGCUCUCAUGGUCACAUUUUGUUGGCAUGUAUUUCAUCAAAAUGUACACAGAGCAGCCUAUAUUUUAGGGCGUGUUUCCACUUUUGAGAGUGAACUGGUUUUUCUCGUGCCACACAUUUUUUUCAGGGAAAUUGCAGAGUAUUGAUUA